AGGCGGAGUGUCAACACAGGACUGUAAUAACAUGGUUGAUGCUGACAGAAAACACUUCAGUGACUCGUCUGGCAAACAUACAGUCAUUCCAACACUUGUCGGUGUAAAAUAGAGGAAAUAAAGCCAUGGUUCACUUGUCAAUAUGGCUGUUGGUAUUGUUUUCUCUCCAAAGCUCAGCAUUACCCUUUCAAAAUGGCUCAUCGCCCUUUCUGCGGACUUUUUCUGGUCGUGCUGUGAUGGUCACUGAGGACCCUGACGACUACAUCGACCUGUCUGUGUUGGACAGUAUGGAUGAUGACAGGGGUUCCGGCUCAGAGUCUCAACAGGACCCGGUUAAAAAACACCGUCAUCCCCAGAAGCAAUUUUUAAUCUCAGAGGAGGCCAAAAGGUUUCUCCAGGGUGGCCUGGCAACCGGCUUCGUCCCCACCAUAUACACCCUCGUCUUCAUCAUCAGCGUACCCCUCAACCUCGUUGCCAUGGUGAUGUUUGUGCAUCACAUCCGUCCCAGAAAGCCAGCAGUGAUCUACAUGCUGAACCUGGCCUGCGCUGACCUGCUGUUCGGCCUGCUCCUUCCCUUCAAGAUAUCUUACCAUUACCAUGGCAACGACUGGAUCUAUGGCUCCUUCAUGUGCAGGGUCGUCACAGCGGCCUUCUACUGCAACAUGUACUGCUCUGUCCUGCUCAUGACGUGCAUCAGCAUAGACCGUUUCCUGGCUGUGGUCUACCCCAUGAACUCGCUGACGUGGCGCAGCCCUCAGACGGCUUCAGCUGUGUGCGCCUCCAUGUGGCUGCUGGCGCUCGGAGGAGUGUCUCCUCUGUUGAUGUCAGGGCAGACCGUCCAUCUGGCAGACUUGGGCAUCACCACCUGCCAUGAUGUGCAGGAUGCGGAAAAACUACAAACUUAUUAUCUCUACUUCUUCCCCAUCUACUCCUCCGUCUUCUUCUUCAUCCCGCUCAUCUUCACAGUCGUCUGUUACGCGCGUAUUAUCCGCGCGCUGGCAGCAGCCAAUGUGGAGAACCGCUCCAAGAAGUCUCGAGCUGUGGUGAUGGCUGUCAUCGUGCUGGUGGUUUUCGUGGUCUGCUUCACGCCCACCAACAUCAUCCUGAUGGCUCAUUAUGUUCAACUGUCCCACAAGUCAAGUGACACUUCAUACCAGGCGUACCUGCUCUCCAUGUGUGUAGGGAGCCUCAGCUGCUGUCUGGAUCCGGUCCUCUAUUACUUUGGCUCCUCUCAGUGCCAGAAGCAGGUGGCGGCGCUGCUCAGGUGUAGGCGACUAGCGCGAGAAGACAGCAGCUCAAACACACACAGCACGAGGACCAGCGGGAGGACAGACAGCACCAGGUCAUGCAAGAUGGAGAGUGUUCAAACUGGUCUGCAUGGGAGCCAGUACAGCAGGCUGGUGGCUUGAGUACACAGACAUGAGGAGCCUCGAACUUGCAGUGUGUAACACAUUAAAGUCAACGUGCAUUUGAAUUAUUUCAAUUUAAAUGGUUUGGGUUGGAUCAGAAGACAUUUUUAAAGAAGUUUUGGUUUGGUGAAGAGUUUGUCCAGUACCUGGUAGUACUGGAUUUUUUUUUUUUUUUUUUGGCACUUAUACUAUAAAUGAGCUUAUUUGCUGUAUCAUUGUUUACACUUACAUUAAGAAACCAGUUUGCUUUUUAUUAUUUUUUUUAAUCAUAAAUUACUGUACAUCCUCCGGUAUAACAGUGAGUGAUCAGUCGGAUUAAUUUCACAGAGUAGCCACUCUUUUCAGAUUUCUGUUUCUCAUUCUUGUUUUCAAUGAAUUAUGGGAAUUAAACUGUUUAGUGUAUAGUAAUAAAGUUUUAAUCUAAAAAGAAUUACAUGUAAUCCAGUUACCACAUUAUUUCAAGACCAAAAACUGGUGGUUUUCAUAAUGCAAUACUACACUAUAUCAUAAAUCGUUACAAGUCUGUUGAAUCGUUAAUCACUUGAUGUGGUGGCUUAAACAAAGCCAAAAAUAUAUGUGUGUGUAAAUAGCAAAGUUUGUGCUACAGCAGAGAUAAUUCAGUCAAAAC